AAGAGUUGGGAUUACAGGUGUGAGCCACCAUGCCUGGCCACAAAUUCAUUUCUAAAGUAAAAAAUGAAACACACAAUUUUACAUUUGCCUCCUGAAGACAAAUGAGAUUGCUGUUCUUAGAGCAUCUCUGAAGAAAAAUGCUGUAAAAUCUCAAAUGAUUAUCUAGAAUUAGGAAAGCCAAGCCUCAAAGAAAAAUUCCUCUUAAUCAUUUGUUCAUCUCAAAGUAUUAUAAGUAAAAGUGUGGAAAAGCUUGCCAGGUUAUCAGAGAAUCUGACUUUCUUAUGUCCUAUCAGUUUACUGUCCUACAGUUUACUUUUUAUAAAAGUAAGCUUCACAAGGACUCAUCUUUCUGCAAAAGAGAUAUUGAGAAGAUCAGUACAAUAUAUUUCUCACCAUGGUCUUAAAAAUAAUUGUGUGAUUAUUUGUUAUAACAAAAACCAGACUCUUAGAAUCCUUGAUUCUGAAAUAAGUUACUGGCAAAAACGCCUUCACUGGAGGUAUUUUUAAAAAUAGGACAAAAUUUGGUGUCUUUAGAUUGAUAGAGGAAUAGUGCUACUUGGGAGAACUGAAAUGGAUUAAAUGUUUCUUGCCAAACUUUAUUAUAUCUAUGUCCUUUGUUGGAAUGGAUAAUAAAGGGGUUUUGAGAGUUAUAAGGAAUUGGCAACAGUUAAUUCUAUAAAAUAGGAACUCCAAAUGCAUGUAAGAUAUGUGGGAGGCCACACAGAUAUGGAACCAUCUGGCCUCUAUCCUGUUUGGCUGUCUGAGAGCGCCAGACUAUGCAGAAUACACAUUCAACUUUUAAACAUCCUCUUUGCAAUGUCUUCAGUCAACGAUGUCACACGCAGGUGUUAAUAUGGCGCUGUUCUUGGUUGCCCUGGCAAUUUGACAAAGUAAACUUGGAGUUUUAGCCCUUAAAAUGUACAGGUGCUAAAACUUUUUUUUAAAAAAGGAUUAGCUAUUUUGAGACUUCAAUAGAAUUUAACUAUUUUUAAAUGUCAAAGAAAAUCCAAAGUUCACUAAGAUGCAAUAAAGAAGUGAAAACAUUUUCUUCCCACAUUUAACGGAAGUGGUUUUACAUGCUCAAAAAGAGAUACUGACUUCAGGACCAGUGUUUUAGCAAUAAGGAAACUACCCACAAGUGAAAAGUUCUGCUUUUUAAAAACCCUGGAAAUGUCAUUACUAAAAUUGAUCACGUACCUAAUUACUUUUGGUUUUGAGUAACUUCUAGGGUGUUUAAAAAAUAAAACCCACCCUCACAGGACAGGGGUUUUCCACCAGUGAAUAUAAACAUAUAGAAAGGAAUAUGCUCUAGAGUUGGCACUCUGUUCUCAAAGGGGAGUCCCUCAAUUAGUUUGGUCAGUUUUUCUUUGAAGUAAAUCUAGUCUCUUCCAAGGUGAUACUUUGAUAAAGACAAUUGGAGUUGUAGUAUGGCUGCCAGCGCAUGCUUCUUUUUUCACAACCAGUAGGGGGAGCAAGAGUGCUUUUAUCGAGCAUUUGCAAGGAAAAGUUCCGGGAUUCAUCCUGACUGGUCUAGCUUAGGUCACAUACCAGUAAUUUUUGCUGGGGGAAUGGAUUCCGCAGCUUGGCUUAAACCAGACUGAAUUACUUCCAAAGUUAGAAGCAGGACUCAGUUUCCCGAAAGCUUUGUGGAGGAGAUGUGAAGAAUUCGUAUCCGGCCAUUGCACUCCAGCCUGGGCGGCAGAGCGAGACUCCGUCUCAAAAAAAAAAAAAAAAAAAAAAAAAAAAAAAAAAAAAAAGGUGAAAAUACUGGAGUUUCUGAGUUUCAAGGUAAUGUAGAAGGUAAGCAAGUAGGCAUUGUCAGUAUCCUGAGGGAUCAUGUCUAAGAACUUUACAGAACCCAAAGGCAGAGGAGAGCCCGGAAAUGCUGGUGUCCUGAGGAACAUGCAGCAGAGGCAUUGCUCUUCUGAGCCCCUAGGGGCGCACCGCUGAGAAACAUCAAAAGCCGCUUCGGCUUGGCAGUCUGGAAAAGAUCUUCCAGCUGAAAUCAAGGAGAUUGCCACAGCCACCCCAACCUUCAGCAAGCAUCAUCCUGAUGAGUCAGCAGCCAUCAAGGCUGCCCACCAGCAAAAGAAAAAAUUACAACUUACUGAAGACUCAGACUUCAAAAAGUCCAAUGUUGAAGCAGUUCUGAAUUGAGAUCUCAUAAUUCCCAAGGACAUAGGGCAGCUACAUAAUUCCCAAUGGAGAACAACACAGAGGUGACUGAAUUCAUUCUUGUGGGAUUAACUGAUGACCCAGAACAGCAGAUCCCACUCUUCAUAGUCUUCCUUUUUGUCUACCUCAUCACUCUGGUUGGGAACCUGGGGAUGAUUGAAUUGAUUAUAUUGGCCUCCUGUCUCCAUACCCCCAUGUACUUCUUCCUCACUAACCUCUCCCUGGUGGACUUUGGUUAUUCCUCAGCUGUCACUCCCAAGGUGAUGGUGGGGUUCCUCACAGGAGACAAAUCCAUAUUAUACAAUGCUUGUGCCACACAAUUCUUCUUCUUUGUAGCCUUUAUCACUGUAGAAAAUUCCCUCCUGGCAUCAAUGGCCUAUGACCGCUAUGCAGCAGUGUGUAAACCCCUGCAUUACACCACCACCAUGACAACAAAUGUAUGUGCUUGCCUGGCCAUAGGCUCCUGUGUCUGUGGUUUCCUGAAUGCAUCCAUUCAUACUGGGAACACUUUCAGGCUCUCCUUCUGCAGAUCCAAUGUAGUUGAACACUUUUUCUGUGAUGCUCCUCCUCUCUUGGCUGUCUCAUGUUCAGACAACUACAUCAGUGAGAUGGUUAUUUUUUUUGUGGUGGGAUUCAAUGACUUCUUUUCUAUCCUGGUAAUCUUGAUCUCCUACUUAUUUAUAUUUAUCACCAUCCUGAAGAUGCGCUCAUCUGAAGGACACCAGAAGGCCUUUUCCACCUGUGCUUCCCAUCUUACUGCAGUUUCCAUCUUUUAUGGGACAGGCAUCUUUAUGUAUUUACGACCUAGCUCCAGCCAUUUCAUGGGCAUGGACAAAAUGGCAUCUGUGUUCUAUGCCAUAGUCAUUCCCAUGUUGAAUCCACUGGUCUACAGCCUGAGGAACAAAGAGGUUAAGAGUGCCUUUAAAAAGACUGUAGGGAAGGCAAAGUCCUCUAUAUGAUUCAUAUUUUAAUUAUAAAGAAUUCACAAUAAGAUAAUUUCCUCCACCUCAUAUUAAUCUUUGUCUACUAAGUCCAAUAUUUGGGUUUCCUUAUGGACAGUUUCUAUUGACUGUUUUCUUAAACAUAUGAAUUGGCCAUGCUUUCCUCAUUCUUUAAGUGACACUUUUUUUGUUAAAACCUGGAUAUUUUAAAUAAUAAAAAUAUAGCGCAUUCUAAAAAGCAUCUCUCUCCUCCCAUCUAGGCUUUGUUUUUGUUGGUGGUACUUUUGUUUGUUUAGUGAUUUUCCUGAGUUACUUAUGUUAAUUCUGCAUUUCUUGUUGUGUGUAGCCACUGAAAUUUCUACUUAGUUAGCGGUCAACUAACAAUUGGACAGAGUUUUCUAAGUGCUUUACAUGGUUAAUUCUCUGAAGCCUUAUGCAUAGGCUUUGCAUGUGUGUACUGGAGCAUGUUUUCAGUGCUCCAGCAGUUUAAAUUCUGCCUUUAAUCUUCAUGUCCUUUUUGUGCAGAGCCUCAAGAUCAGCCACAAAUGAAACAUUAGGUCCUCUCAGGUCUUUCCUGUGAAUACAUAGGGCCUUGCCCAUAUGCAUGACUUUUGUAAUCCCCAGGAAUAUAUGGGAGCUUUUCAAAGCCCUCUAUGGAUUUCUAAUGCCCUCAUCGAUUUUUUUAAGAGUUUGAUUAGAUUAUUGUAUGCUCCAACUGAUAUUUACAUUUUCAGGCAAUUGCGAUGUUAAACAAUUGCUGCUCAAUGCUUUGACAAACACUCUAGCAAUAAAACUUUCUCACUGAGUGAACUGAGUCUGGUGAAAUAGAGACAAAAUUGUGAAUGGGGUUUUCCCAGGAAGCUGCCAAAUAGAUGAAACAGUGACAAUUCUCUGGGAAGCAGGCCCAUUAGCAAUCUCCAACACAUUUUGCUCACUUCAAUGGUUGUUAGACCAUUUUUUUUUCAGCUAACAUAGUUCCAUGUGUGCUGGUGUUCAAGGUUACCGCAAAGCUGGGGAAUAAAGCAAGCUAACGUAUCACAAAACUC